UUUCAAGCCGUUGAUGCAUUACUACACAAUUUCGAUUCCUGUCAAGUCCCUCUUCAAGUCUGUCUCCGUUUUCCUGUCUCCGAACUUUUCAUUCAUCACCCACAAACCUCUGGUCCAUCUUCUCUCCUUUCCUUUAUACCACCUGAUUAUCAUUUCCGCAAACCCUCUAAUCUUUCCCGCCUCAUUGGUCACAAUCUAUUCAUCUACGAUACUCAAUCUCUAUCCAUAAGAUACCGCACACGCAAUACA